AUGGAGAAUAACUCUGACAUCGUGUUCGUGCUUCAUGGUCUGAACGACUCUCUGACCAACCGGCAGCUGUACUUCGCCUUGGCGCUGACGUCAUAUCUGUUCACCAUCUUCGUGAACUUGACGCUCAUCACCACCGUGUGCGCGGAGAAGACGCUGCACGAGCCCAUCCACAUCUUUGUUUGUAAUCUGUGCGUGAACGGAAUCUGCGGCGCGUCCAGCUUCUACCCGAAGCUGCUGCACGACCUGCUGGCCGACUCCCACAUCAUCACGUACGCCGGCUGCAUGAUGCAGAUGUUCGUCCUGUACAGUUACAUCUUCUGUGAGUUCACCAGUCUCACCGUGAUGGCGUACGACCGCUACCUGGCCAUCUGCAAGCCGCUGCAGUAUCGUGCGCUGAUGACGGCGCAGAAGGUGGCGCAGCUGCUGCUGCUCAGCUGGUGCUUCCCGCUGCUGGAGACCUCGGUGGGCACCGUGCUGACCGCCAGGCUGUCGCUCUGCGGCCGCCACAUCCGCAAGAUCUUCUGCACCAACUGGGACGUGGUGAAGCUGUCGUGCCACGCCGACACCACCGUCAACAACGUCUACGGCUUUGCACUCCUGAUCUCGCACUUGUCUCAGACCGGACUCAUCCUUGUCUCCUACGUGCACCUGAUCCGCGCGUCGCUGCGGUCGCGAUCUGUCCGCAGGAAGCUCGUGCAGACGUGUCUGCCGCACCUCAUCACGCUGCUCGUCUUCACGCUUUCGCUGGUGUUCGACGUCAUGUACUCGCGCUACGGCAGCGGCGCUGCGCUGCAGGCGCUGCGUAACAUGCUGGCGGCGGAGCUCCUGGUGGUGCCGCCCCUCAUCAACCCCAUCAUCUAUGGCAUCAACCUGCACCAGAUCCGAACCCGGAUCCUUCAAAACCUCGGCCUCAGAGCCGAGGUCCUGACCCCGCACACGUGA